UUGUCAACGUUGUCAAAAUCACAGAAGAAAUCAGUUUCUUGAAAUUGUUUUUAUUACAUUUAAUUAAAUACCUCUUUGUUUAAUCAUUUGUUUUUGAUGUGGACUUCUGAAUGCAAAUUCUAAAGUGUGACUCUAUAAGACAAAAAUAUGGGAGGUAAAAGUAAACAGAGUCAGAGAACCAAAAACAAUGCUCGGCCAUCCAGUAGCGGCCGUAGUGCUGAGCUUCUCAACAGCGUCACAUUUGACCAGUCCAUCAUGGGAGGGAAGAUGAUGCCGCUGUUCCCAACCUUCACGUCACCUGCCUUGGAACAAGGGCUCACUGCGGAGUUCUCAGUAUGCAUCAAAAAACUCAACAAAAAAGAUCCUAUUACGAAAACAAAGGCUCUUCAAGAGUUGAGUGAGUUGGUGAACAACAGCAAAGUUGACGAUGUAGUGGCUGCUCUGCCCAGCUGGGCGCACUUCUACAAAAUAUUGGCCGUGGACACCGACUGCAAAGUCAGGGAGGCUGCUCAGGCGUGCCACCUGAGCGUGGCGCGCGCGUGCGGGCGGCGGAUGGCGCCGCAGUUGCGUCAGCUGGUGCCGGCCUGGCUGCAGGCGCAGCACGACGAGCACGCGCCCGCGCAGGCGCACGCGCACAACUCGCUGGCCGCCACAUUUCCAGAGAAUAAAUUGCCAGAAGUUAUAUCGUUCUGUAAGGCAGAAGUAAUUGCUCAUCUUCUUGAAAAUAUCACUGGGAGUGGAGACAAAGUCGUCAUGAGCAGGAUCGAAAGCGCCGAGGAGCGCUCGCUGCAGCAGCAGCGGCUGGUGGCCAGCAGCCUGCAGGGGCUGCGCUUCCUGGCGGCGCGCCUGCCGCCCGCGCAGCACGCCUGGCUGUGGGCCGAGCUCGAGCCGCUCUUCGCCGCGCCCGCCUUCUGGAAGUACCCCACGCACGCGGCGCCGCAGGUCAGGUGCGUCUGCUGCAGGACUCCAGGAUCGAGAGCCCGAGGAGCGCUCGCUGCAGCAGCAGCGGCUGGUGGCCAGCAGCCUGCAGGGGCUGCGCUUCCUGGCGGCGCGCCUGCCGCCCGCGCAGCACGCCUGGCUGUGGGCCGAGCUCGAGCCGCUCUUCGCCGCGCCCGCCUUCUGGAAGUACCCCACGCACGCGGCGCCGCAGGUCAGGUGCGUCUGCUGCAGGACUCCAGGAUCGAGAGCCCGAGGAGCGCUCGCUGCAGCAGCAGCGGCUGGUGGCCAGCAGCCUGCAGGGGCUGCGCUUCCUGGCGGCGCGCCUGCCGCCCGCGCAGCACGCCUGGCUGUGGGCCGAGCUCGAGCCGCUCUUCGCCGCGCCCGCCUUCUGGAAGUACCCCACGCACGCGGCGCCGCAGGUCAGGUGCGUCUGCUGCAGGACUCCAGGAUCGAGAGCCCGAGGAGCGCUCGCUGCAGCAGCAGCGGCUGGUGGCCAGCAGCCUGCAGGGGCUGCGCUUCCUGGCGGCGCGCCUGCCGCCCGCGCAGCACGCCUGGCUGUGGGCCGAGCUCGAGCCGCUCUUCGCCGCGCCCGCCUUCUGGAAGUACCCCACGCACGCGGCGCCGCAGGUCAGGUGCGUCUGCUGCAGGACUCCAGGAUCGAGAGCCCGAGGAGCGCUCGCUGCAGCAGCAGCGGCUGGUGGCCAGCAGCCUGCAGGGGCUGCGCUUCCUGGCGGCGCGCCUGCCGCCCGCGCAGCACGCCUGGCUGUGGGCCGAGCUCGAGCCGCUCUUCGCCGCGCCCGCCUUCUGGAAGUACCCCACGCACGCGGCGCCGCAGGUCAGGUGCGUCUGCUGCAGGACUCCAGGAUCGAGAGCCCGAGGAGCGCUCGCUGCAGCAGCAGCGGCUGGUGGCCAGCAACACUCUUGGUACAACAGAAUAUUCACAAGUCCAUGUUUAAUAUCCGGCUCGAAGGACCAUAUCUACUGCGCACACGAUUCACGCAGCACAACAAAAUUGGUCUCCUCAAAGUCGAGCACCAUUUCGUUUACAUACGUUAG